AUCGAUUCUGAUCGACUGUCAAUAAACAUUCUUUGCGGUUUGUGAUUUUUAUUUUCCCGUUUUUAGGUCAUGUAUUUGUGCAAUGACGCCACUGUUUCUACCGUUUGUCAGAAUGAGAAAAAACAGUUAAAUGCGCAUAUUUGUGAUAGCCUGCUAGCAUGUUAACCAUAACAUACAGCUUCAACAGAAAUUAAACAGGACACACACAGUGAGCCUUCAUCAUCAUCAUCAGGACACAGCUGUGUUAGCAUCAGAAGCUAGCAGAUGAUGAAGAGCAAGACAGAUGAGGAGGAUUACUGGAACAGCUCUAAGUUUAAAGCUUUUGCCUUUGAUGAUGAAGAUGACGAGUUCAGCCAGUUGAAGCAGUCAAAGCAGGCAGUUAACAGCAUCCGGCGGCUGGUGGAGGAAGAUGAUGAUGAGGAUGAUGUGGAGAAAGUAAGCUGGAGCGGAGAGCCAGUGGGCAGCAUCUCUUGGUCAGUCAAAGAGACAGCAGCGUCCAAUCAGAGGUCAGACAAAGAGCCCGCCUUCCCCAGAAUCCCUACAGACACCCCGUCCAUCAGCAAAAGCCAAUCAGGACUCUCUCUGAGCUCUCUGUUCAAAGGAAAAAGUAAAGGAGGAAACUUCCAGAGCUUCACUGACACUCUCAGCGACUCGUCCAUGAGGCUCUACGCUCCUGAGCUCCGAAAACCAAAAUCUGAGUACAAGGAUUACGUCAGUGAUUGGUCGCAUGAAGAAACGGUUCAGCGACUGCAGCAGGGAAAGACGGUGUCUCUGGAGAAGUUCCGGUCUCUGCAGGACAAGCUGCUGCUGCUGGACUUCGCCGUCUCCGCUAACGAUGGAAACGUCAUCACGGCUGUUCUCAUCUUUUUAAAGAGGACUCUAAAUAAAGAGGUUUUAUUUCGGGAGCUGGAGUCCAGACAGACGGCACUGAGACAUUUCAUCCACUACCUGACUGAGACUGGAGACCAGAGUCUGUUACUGGAGCUGCUCAGAGCUCUCGGCAGACUGGAGGACGUAGCACUGCUUCAGUACAAACAACAUCUGAGCAUCACAGAUGACAACAAGAGGCGGGACUUCCUGAAGAGCUGUCUCAGCCUUCCGUUCUCCGCCGAGGACUCGGCUCACGUUCAGGACCACUACACCCUGCUGGAGCGGCAGAUCAUCGUCGAGGCAGCGGAUCGGCAGGCGGAGCGUGGAGGAAAGGUGGAAAUCUUCCAGAAGUUUCCCAGAAGAGCUUCCAUCCUCAACAUGCCGCUGGUCACCACGCUGUACUACUGCUGCUUGUACCACUACACCGAGCCCGAGGGAACCUACAGCAGUCCGUUAAACAUCCGUCAGACCUUUAAGAUCUCAGAGAAGCAGUUUUUUGUGACGGCGCUGGCGGCGAGGGCGAAGUUGAAGGCCUGGUUAGACGUGGACGCUCUGUUCACCAGCAGGAACUGGUUCGGCUUCACCAAGAAGAAAUCUCCUCUGAGCUUUCAGCGAGUAGUCGACAUCCUGCACAAAAACUCCGCCCCCACACAGGUGCUGCAGGAGUACGUCGGACUUGUUGACGAUGCAGAACUGAGGAUCAGUUUGGCUCAGAAACAUAAAUGUCACGACAUCGUCAUCAACACGUACCGGGACAUGAAGGACCGACAGCUGUUGCUAGGAUACCUGGGGAAGGUGGAGAGAGGCUCAGCGGAGGAGAGGAAGAUUAAUGAGCAGCUCAACAACCCGCAAAUCCGCUGGAAAAAUUGAUGACAUCAUGC